UUCUUGUUUAAGACAUUAAAAUGCAAGUCUGAGUAAAAAUAGGCCAGGAAAUUGAUGAAAUAAAUAUGACUAAGAAUAAACAUUUCACAGUUUAAGAAUAAACAAACUUAAAAUGUAGCUUCAACCAGGAUAAUACUGUUGUCUCGUUGUCUUGGAUACAUAAAGAACAAUGCUGAAGGAAAGGAAAAUUGUGAAUAAGAUACUAUUAUGGCUGUUUUUGAUUCUUAUAAAUUCAGUGAUGUCAGAGGCUGCAUAUGCACUCACAUUCAAGUCAUCCAUGUGCUACAACUCCAAAGGGAAUGCCUUUAUCAGACUCCUCUGUCCUGACACAUACAAAAUCAAAACCAUCACUGCAUUCACUGGCAUCAGUCGUAACAAUGUGUGUGCCUACAGUUCAUGGGACUGUAUCAUACAGGAAGGAUCUACUGAUAAAUGUGAUGACAGACAACAAUGUACAGUAAGCGUUUCCCACAAUGAUGGAAAGGUGGCUCUGACCUGUGGUGCCCAACAAGGCGAAAUGAAAUACUUCCAGGUUGAAUACAUAUGUCAAUCUGAUAAUAAAGCAAAGAACCUGACAGUGAAUGAUUAUUCAACAGUAGGUCCUGCAGUGGAAGACCUUCCUACUCUUCCAAAUAUACCAAGUAACCCAGAGUUCACAUACAAGAACCCAAGAGGGCCAACUGUGCCAGCUGAAGCUACAGAAGAAGACAAUGCGGUGAUGAUUGCAAUAAUAUGUGGUUCUCUGGUUGGAGUGGUUGUUGUCUGUGCUGUCAUGGCAACACUUAUACAUAGGAUAAAGAACAGGACUUACACAAAUGCACUAUAUGCUACAAGGUCACUUAUCAACCCAACCUUGACCCAAAGUUCACCUGACUACCCCAGCAGACGUCCAAUGCCAAGGUCACCAAGCCAAAGGGCCAAACAAACAGUGAAGUUUUCAUUAGAUAGUAGAGCAUGUAAUCCAAAACAACAGGGCCAAACAAACAGUGAAGUUUCCAUUAAAUACUAA